AUGAUUUUUUUAACUUUGAUUAUUCUGAUAAAAAGUUGCCCUUGGAUCUAAUUGGAUCACUAAGACAUACAUAUUUACCCAACUAAUGGAGAGUAUUUAGAAUAUCCUAUGAGAUAUUUUUUCUUUGGAAAAGAUUUUAUUUACCAUUAUGAUCCAAUUAUACCCAUAAUGGAAAUAACAAAUGCUUUAAAUCCAAUUUCAUAAAUAGAUGGAUAUGGUAUGUCUAAAAUCAUUAUAUUAGAAUUUACAUCAAUAUCAUCGAAUUAUACUCACUUUGCAACAUUAACUACAAAAAAUCAAUUAAUAAUUUAUGAAUGGAAGUUUUUUUAAAUGUUGGAAUAUGGAUAUAUAUUUAAUAUCAAUACUGAUUUGAAUUGUUAUAAUAUCAAUUUAUUUGCUGAAUACAAUAUCUUACUUGAUUGUUAUGCUUAUAAUCAUUUUUAUUUAGUUGCCUUUAUAAAUAGUACUUUCAUUGUAGUUUAUUCAAUUAGAGCAAACGAACCAAAUUCAUCAAAAAUGUAAAGUAUUUAUAAUGAUGAGAAAUUAUUUAUAAUUUAUGCGUAAUAUUAUGAAAAUUAUUCCAUCCUUACGUUAUUUUCAUCUCAAUAUGAAAAUUUAACAACUUACUAAAAUUAAUUUAUAGAAUUUAGUAUUCCUGAAAGAGAAAAUCCAUAUAUUUAUAUCCUUUUAAGAAAAAUAUUAUUAUAAUUUUAUAUUACAUAGAAUAAUACUUUUGGUGAAAACUAUAAAUUUUCAAUUCCAAAAUAACUUGAUAAUCUUCAAGUUUAUUAUGACUACUAAUCUCCAUGUGAUUAAAUAGAGGUUUUAUCUUAUGAUUCUCAAAAAGGAAAAUUUCAAGUAUAUACAAUGUCAGGGUGUUCAAGCGGAUUAACUGAAAAUAGCAAUGGAUUUUCCUAUACUUCUAAAAAACUAGAACAUGUGAUUUAGUUUUUUUUUAAUAAUCAAUUUGGAUUAUUUUAAUCAGAAGAUUUUCUCCUAUUAUAUUCACAAGGAGAUGAUGGAGUGCCUAUUGGAAGUAUUUCAUUUGAAGAAGGCACUUAAAUAUUUUUUAAUCCUUAUAAUAACUAUUUAUUUGUAUUUGAACUAGAAAUUACUGUCUAUUAAUUAGCAAUACCUUCACUAUAAAUUAAUCUAACAGAUUAAUAACAAGUUUUAGGUAAUACAUAUGAUAUUACAAUUUUUGCUUAACAUUUAAGUGAAAAUAUCAACGGUACUUGCGAACUAUAUAUGUCAAUUACAAUUUUAGAUAAGUACGAUACAAAUAUUUAUACAUAAAUACAACUUUCAGGGGAUUUAAACUUCCCAAUGUAUAGAACUUCUGAAGAUUAAAAAAAUAUCACAUUCUAGGGAGAUUUUUCAGGCAAUUUGCUGGCUUAUAAUGUGAAUUUAGAUAAUGAAUUAUUUGGAUCAUUUAAUUAGAAGACUUAUUAACAAUUGUUUGAGUUUCAAGAUCAGUAUUUUUACUUGGCCUAAUUUUUGUAUACAUUUUAUGUAGGAGAAGGAGUAUACUUUAUUGGAAUUCAAAACCAAUCAAUAUCAAUCUUUAAUUAAUUGCAUUAUUUUGGAUCUUAAAAUCCUUAUAUGACUAUCAAUAUUAGUAUCAUAGCUUAGUCAUUAUGUGUGACUCAUAAUAUGAUUGGAUAGUUAAUAAUAGGACUGAGUGAAAAUGAUACAAUUUAUCUUUAUGAAUUAUGGGUUGAGACAAAUUAGACCACUUUCUUAUUUCAUAAAUUUGAACAAUAAUUUUCUGAAUUUUUAAUUACAUUUAAUAAUGUAAUAACUCUGUAUACAGGUAAAGAAAUUUAAAUAAUGACUUUGAAUUUUGCUGAUUUAAUAAUUAUUAAUGAAAAAUCUAUUCAAUAACUAUUUCCAACAGAACCCAUUCUAAUAUUUACUCCUAUUUAAAUAGCUGUGAAUCUUUACUCGCUGUCUUCAUGCUUAUUUAUCAAUAAUAUCAAUAAUGUCAUUGUAAUUGCUAUUGAUAUAAAUAAUUAGCCAUUACCAGUUACUAUCAUAUAUUUUACUUUCAUAAUUACAUAAAUAAAUAUUGUAAAUACACAAUUAGUUUUAACUUACAAUUGCAAUUCAGGGUUAGAAAUUUGUUUUUAAGUUUGGAGUAUCAAAAAUAUAAGGUAACCUUUUUAUCUUCAAAAUAUGAUGAGUGUACUAUAUGAGGAAGAUAUAUAAAUCUUAUCAGAUAAUUGUUUCUUUUAUGUUUAAUUUUCAAAUUAAAAUGUACUAGUUUACAGUCCUCACUUACCUCAACAUGAGAGUUUAUAUUACUAACUCAACUUAUCAUUUUAAUUGAUAUGCACCUAUUUUGUAAAAACUGAAGAAUCUUUGUUGUAUUUUGAAAAUAAGAUCUAUUCAUUAUUACCAUCUCAACGAUUUGAACUAUAAGUAAAUAAAUCUCUAAACUUUGAACGAUCUUACCCUACAAUUAUAUAUAAUUAUACUGUUACUUCCUUAUUAAAUUAGAAUGCUAUUUAAUAUACACCCAAUUAAAGCUUAGUUUAUUUGUCAAAUUUCACAAUAUUCUAACAAAUAAAUACUAAAACCAUAAAUUUAUCAAUAAAUGAUUUAAAUUUAUAAGAUAGAACUUUCACAAUUCCUAUGAGAGUAUUCCUUGAUAGACAGGCAAGUCUCUGUUAAUUUUCUAAUAGUGAUUAACAUUAAAACAAUUAAUACUUUACAAACGAAACAUGCAAUAUAACUAAUCUUGGGUACUCUACCUUAAAACCCAGCCUAAACUUCACAUUAGUAACUGGAGUAAAUAACUAAUUUUUUGCUUUGUAGAACAACACUAAUAUCUAAAUUGUAGAUUCAUAAUAUAAUUUUUAAUAAUCUUAUGAUUAUUCUAACUUAAGGUUUUCUGAAUGUUUGAAAUCAACAUCUUUUAAUUUAACUUUGUCUUCCAUAUGUGAAAACAAUACUGGCUAAUAUUGGCUUAGAAUUUCCUUUGACUAUUUUGGAAAUGUUUCAGAUAUAAACACAUUUUUAAUUCCUGGCAUAUUUACUAAUAUAUUUAAAAUUAGCAAUAUAGACAAUCUAAAUUUUAUUUUAGGCACUAUUUUGAAUUCUCAGAAUCAAAGUUUGUAUUUACUUAACUCAUUAAACAAUAGCAUGCAAUAACUUAGUUGUGAUUCUAAUAGUUCAGAUUUUAAUAUUUCAUUCUGCAAUUGUUAAGAUUUUUCAGUAGCCCUUUAUAAUUCUGGCUAUGAUAGUAAUUAGUAAAAUAUAGUUAUUAUUGUAUACAUCAUGAAUAAAAUAGCCACCUAUUAAUAUAUAUAUUUAGAAAGUAACUCAUUUUAAUUAAAAAAAUAGUAUUCCUUUUUUCGAUAAAGAAAAUAUUCCAUUUUUCGACAUUAUUAUUAAAAUUCUUAUGCUAUCUAAAUUUUGAUAUUGUAAAUAAUAGGAAAAUAAAUAUUCAUCCUUAUCACAAAUAAUGUUGGUUUAGGAGAAUUGUAUGUUUUUUUUUUGAAAUAGAAUUAAAACAGAUUAAAUUUAUUUGAUUUUAUUACAACUAUUCCAGGUUAUGGUAAUUUAUUGCCAAUAUCAAAUUCUAUAUAUUCAAAUGGUCUUCUACUUCAACAGUUUAAAUAGGGAAAUAAUUAUUUGAUAGGAGUUUAUUAAAUUAGUAACUUCUAUGAUAACAAUUUGAAAGAUCCUCUUUUAUUGUUAGGAUCAUAAACAUCUACAUCUCUUGAAUAUGCUUUCAUAGGAAAUAUAGAGGACCAAAACGCUACAUGUAUUGCAUUUAAUAAUGGAUCAUUAUUAUACUUUCCAAUAUAUACUAGAAUAUUAAAAUGCCAUUAUAAAAAGCGUAGAAAUAACGUUCAAAUUAAUAUUUCAUGCUAAAAUCAAUAUUCGUCAGGGUCUUAUGAAAUAACAUUUAUUUUUCCUGAAUUAGAAAUAAAUAAAAGCAGAUGGAUUUUUUCAUUAAUUACAAUAAUUGCAAUACAAUUAAUAGGAUUCUGUAUUUUAGUUAGAUAUAGAAUGAGAAAUUAUGGUCAUAUAAAUACCGAAAUAGAACUUUGA